GUCUGACACACGUACUUUAUAAUUUUCGCGUGCUGCUGAAAAAACACGAAAAGGUUGUCCGGAAAAUUAAAAUAUUCUUUGGCAGCCGAAAUUAUAAUGUCAAACAAUGGCAAUGGAGAGGUGGCACAAAAUGCGGGCGAAGGUCAGCCGCAACCAACACGCAUAGAAUCCUUUUUCGCCAUGACGAAGUCACUGAUAUUGCGCGCGCUUAUUAUAUACUUCGUUAGCUCCUUCUUUCGGCGGCCUCAAACAAAUACGAGCCAGGAAAAUUCUGUAAAUGCCGGACCGAAGAUUACCGCUUGGAACUUCUUUGAGAAUGGCACUGAAUUUGAUUUGCAUGUAUGGUUGUCAAAUAAGCCGGACGUCGUAAACUUUGAACAGAAAGACAACCUUCUCUGGCUACAAGAGGAUCUAACAUAUGGGGACUGGAGCUCAGGGCCUACAAAUGAUGGCAUCUUCUCACACAGCGUAAAGAUUAAAGCAAGCCCACACGUUAUGAAGAAUGGCAGUAUAUUCUUGCACGCUUUUGUUACCCUAAGUGGUGAAAGUCCAGACCCUCAGUCACCCAAUUAUGCGCGAAAUGGUCACAUGGGCCAUCAGCAACAUCAGCUGAACAAAUUUAAAAAAAUUCGUGUGAACCGAAACUACAACUUACUGGCGAGUGAUAAAGAAAAGUUGGAACACGAAUUAAAGCAAGCCACUCUUAAGGACCAAAUAUUAUCACACUGGCAUCCAAAUUUAACUAUUAACCUUGUUGUGGAUCAGACGAAUUGGGCACAAGGCAGCGUACCACCACCUCUGGAUGAGUAUGUAAGGUUUGUGGAUAGUGGUAAAACCUAUUUACCCAUCGUAUUCGUAAAUGAUUACUGGAACCUUCAACGCGAAUACUUUCCUAUUAACCACACAACGCCUGAGCUUGAAUUGCACUUAACGUUCCAACCGCUUGGCAUGUUCAAAUGGCAGCUGUACGCUGCCAAGCAGAUGAAACAUAAAUGGGGUGGAAACAUGCUGGGUGAAAUAAUAUCGGCGGGUGGCGCGGAGGAAAGCGAUGAGGAUCAAGACUCUCUAAAAGAAACUCUUCUUGAUACAAAUAUUUAUUUACUCGGCCUUACCGUCGCUGUUUCAAUUUUACAUUCGCUAUUCGAGCUUCUCGCCUUUAAAAAUGACAUACAGUUCUGGAAUAAUCGUCAAUCGCUAGAAGGUCUUUCUGUGCGUUCAGUAUUCUUUGGAGUGUUCCAAUCUCUUAUUAUACUACUCUACGUACUAGAUAAUGAAACAAAUUUCAUGAUACGCGUCUCCUGCUUUGUUGGUCUAGCUAUUGAAAUAUGGAAAAUACACAAAGUUGUCGAUGUCAACUAUGACCAUAACAAAAAGCUACUAGGAGUUCUACCAAGCAUCAGCUUUAAGGACAAGGGUUCGUACUCAGCGAGCGCCACCAAGGAGUAUGACAACUUAGCAUUCAAAUAUCUGGGUUGGGUAUGUUUCCCAUUGCUUGUGGGCUACUUCGUCUAUUCGCUGCUUUAUAACGAUCACAAAGGAUGGUAUUCAUUUGUCCUUAAUAUGCUGUACGGUUACUUGCUGACAUUUGGUUUUAUUUUGAUGACGCCGCAGCUGUUUAUCAACUAUAAAUUGAAGUCAGUAGCCCAUAUGCCUUGGCGUAUGAUGACCUACAAGUUUUUAAAUACAUUCAUCGAUGAUAUAUUUGCGUUCGUCAUUAAGAUGCCCACCAUGUAUCGUCUGGGAUGCUUCCGUGAUGAUAUUAUAUUCUUUGUAUUCCUUUAUCAAAGAUGGCAAUAUCGUGUUGAUUUAAAGCGUGUCAACGAGUUUGGCUUCUCUGGUGAAAUGGAAGCAAAUGCCGCCUCAAAUCGGAUUGAGGGUGGUGAUACUAAUAGCGUUCAACCAGAUAGCGAUAAGGAAGGUUCCCAAAUCAUUUCCAAAUCACCGGCAAAGGAGAAGGAUGCCGCACAAAAGAAAGAAGAUUAAGCACCAAGCGAUAAUGCUUAUGCAUAAUAGCAAUAUAGGAGGGCAGUUACAUCUAUAAAUUCUCUAAAAUAUAUGUCAACACCUUAGUCAUCGUUAGUGUAAUAAAUUAUGCUCUGUGUAUAUGUA